AUGUCAGUAUCACUCACGGGCGAAACAGGAGAUCAUUCUCCAAAGGCUACAGUGUCGGAAUGUGCUCAAAGGUGCUUUGAGUCUUUCCAGCAUUGCCUCAAUAGUGCUAGCAGGUCGGACAAACUCAGUACUCCUCGGUCACAAUUGUCACUAGUCCGGGUCGAGGAUCAACUCGCCAGAUUUCAGCUUUGGACAACGAAUAUCCGCGUCUUCAGUACUGGCCGCGAUUCUCUAGAUUAUCGACUGAGAGAUGUUCCAGACAUUCAAACACCUGUUAUCGGUCUGUUGCAGGCACUCGACUUCCGAGUUAAGAGCUGUUCACGCAUCCUCUACUCGAUCCUUCAAGCUCCAGAGGCCAUAUCAAUCGAAGACGAUGUUGGUAAAUUCGUCAAUAGUCUAGACAGGCUGUCAGGCGAAAUCACCUUACUCCAGAAGAUCACAAACACGAUAUGUCGCGCUAGUAAAGACACGCAGAACAGCAAAGCUGCUGAGGGAUUCAAGAUCAGAGACGAUGAGGGUAAUGAUGCAGAACCAUUCCUCCAAGAGGUUUUCUCGAAUUACAUACAGGAUAGGUUUCCUGGUACCAGUGAAGACAUUCGCAACCGCCUUGCGAGCUCUAUGGUUCUUCGCCGCAAAAGGUUGCUAUAUCGUCGAGAGCGCUAUGGAAAGAACCCAAUACAACUUCCACAGAUGACCUCUGCUCCGCGUAUCUCACAUCCGGUGCCAGAUAUUACCAUGCCACUAGAUGACGCCGAAAGACCUGCUAAGAGAAGAAUCGUGGCAGCACCAACCCAGAGUGUUAUGCAUUCGACUGCAACCGCGACGACUCUUUCACCCGAGAGAUUCAGGAAGGCUGCUGCCCCAUCCGUGGUUUCAGUUUCUAAAACAGUCAAGCUGAAUGACAAUGAUGACGCUUUGUUUCCUCCUGCUCCUACUCGCGCUUUGAUGCAAAGAUACGGCAAAGCGAAGCGGGAUAUUGAAGACAGACACAAACAGAAACUAUCUACAAUCCACGGUUACCAUGAAGGUGUUGAGCUGACUGCCCUGGUUUCUGGAGAUGCUCAAGAUGUUGUUGAUGCUGAACUUGUACGGGACAGAGCCUUUGCCAAGGCCUGGGAUGAUUGCAUCGAGGCGGUGGGCGAAGUCACCUGCCCUUACUGUUUUCAUGUGCUACCAAUUCGUGAGGUCAUUGACGAGCUAAAAUGGAAAUAUCAUGUCAAGAACGAUCUUGAGCCUUACGUCUGUUUGUUUGAGACUUGUCAGACACCUAGGCAUCUGUACACUCACAGCAACACGUGGAUCAAGCACAUGUCGGAACACGCUUUACGAUGGCGCUGUGCGUCGAGGCGGCAUGGCGAAUUCGUGACUGACUCUAGAGAGCACUAUCUUGAUCAUAUGAAGAACAGUCAUUCAAGCUUAUUUACUGACGCUCAACUCGGGGUUUUGGCUAAUCAAAAUGGUCGCAUAACUGGUCCACUAUUCAAGGCUUGUCCACUCUGCGGUGAGGAAAAGGGGAGUUCUUCGCUGAUUGAUCACCUGGUUGGCCACAUGCGCUCCUUGGCUCUCAGAUCAUUGCCAUCUCACCACGAAGAUACCAAUGACUUGGGUGAAAUUGGCGUAGAACAGGACAGCUGGUGUUCAUCACUACCCUAUAGCAGGAGUACUAUCAAGAAUGCUUCGACAGUGGACCUUGAUUUCUCCGAUGCUUAUUACCUAAGCCAAUUUUCUGAUGACCCUUUCGAUAAUGAUAAUUCAGAAAUCAAAGCCGCUUUAAACAGGGAUUUGGAAGAGCGCCUAAUGCCAAAGACCCCCCCUUCUGAUUAA